CGCAUGUGCGUAGGCCUAUGCUUAUUAAAGUUCUGAUAUUUCAAACUCAACAUUUAGACUCCCAUCUUCAGUUGCCCCUGCUACGGCUCAUGGUGCCCCCUCUGAGGUUGCUUACAGCUGCCAUGUGGCAAGUGGCACAGCAGGGGGACGUGCAACAUUAUGGGAUGCUGGACGAGUUUGUCGCCACAGUAACGGAGUGCGUUCCAGAACUGCUGAGUUAUCGCCAAAGAGCCCAGCUGAUUUUGGGUGUGCGAGCAAGGCUGAUUUUGGAGUUGUGUCGGGGAGAAUCCCUGGUUGACAUGACAAUCCUUCAGCCUCACCUGGAUCGUUUAAGGGCCCCAUCAGCGAGCAAGGCAAAUCGAGAGGUUCCUGAUAAGGAGGUGGAAGAGGCUGAGGCAAACUUCCGUUUGCUCAUACAGACUUUGCUAAAAGACCCAGCAGAGAGGGACCACUUCUUUCAGAAUAUCUUCCCUGUGGAGUAUGGCUACAAAUAUGCCAAAGCAUUGCAGAGGCUGAUGCUGGACUUGGUUUCCAGGUUGGAGCAGCUCUUACCAGUGCCAGAUCUCACUCAGCUGGUGUCUUGGUUCAGCAGCAACCCUUCAAGUCUAGAGGAGUGCUUGCUCUCUGUGCCUCUCUCCAGCCAAACUAAGAACCUUCUGGAACACCACAGGAGUCGCGCUCUUCCAUAUUCCAUUGAUUCACUUCCAUCCACGGGUGAUGACUACAUCCUGUCCUCCCUGUCCCUCUCACCCCUGGUGCGGGUGGUGAUCGCCUCAGAGCAGUCCGAGCCAGACUCAUCAGACGACAUCACCUCUGCCGACUCCCCCGUGGACCUUUCUAGAGAAGACCACCAGCGGGAACCUGGCUCAAGCUGGCGGGGGCAGAGGGACCGUGGGGACGAUGAAAGCAACGACAACUGCUCUAAAAGUGACGACUGUGAUGCACAGGUCCCAGUAGUCUCGUGCCGUGCUCGGCCCUCCACCACCCUCUCCCCCAGUCCGGCCCUGUUGGAUCUGUCCCUGAAGGGCCCCACUGCCACUAGUGGUCAAAGGAAAAGUACAUACAUGGUGGUGACUGGGAACUGCACAUCAGAGGAAAACACGCGACUAAAGGGAGACCAGAAGAAGACUUUGAAUGAACAGCGGAAGUUUGCAGAGAAGAGGAAACUGACAGAGGACAGCUCUGAGGUGGCUCUUAAAAGACCAUCCAAGUCACAGAGAAUAAGGGACUAUGAGAAGCCCAGUGCAGAAUCCUCUGUCAUCUACCCGUGGGGAGGGUACACAGAUCUCCAGGACCCCACACUACCACACACAACCAGCAGUGAUGUCUCCAAGAUCCCAUGGUCUGACCAGGAGACCCUGAACCUGAUGGACAUCUGGGGCCAAGGCAGCAUCCAGAGGAGCCUGAAGGACUGCGUCCACAACAGACACAUCUUCAACGUCAUCUCCAAGAAGAUGCUGGAGCGCGGUCACAUGAGAACAGCGGAGCAGUGCCACACCCGAAUCAAGAGGCUGAAAAUGAGCUUCAAGCAGUGCCAUGAAAGCAAUGUCAAAGGCGGAGAGAGACUGGAGUGCAAAUUCUACGCCCAGCUGGAGAAGAUCCUGGUUGCCGAGGGAACGCCAACCCCGUCUGAGGUCACCUGUGACGUUCAAGAGGUUGUCGUGGGUGACCAACCACCAGCAAGGGACCAGCCAAUAAGAGAUGCAAAAAGCCAGGAGGAGAACGAACUGAAGUUCCUUGGCCACACCUGCCUGGAAGGUACAAAAAACAUCCCGUGGAUGGACCAUGAAACUCAGACGCUGAUUGAGGUGUGGGGCGAGGACCGUACCCAGCAGGAGCUGAGGGGUAUCCACCGCAACGGGCACAUCUUCUCCAUGAUAUCCAGGAAGAUGGCCACCUUCGGGUACGUCAGGACGGCCGAACAGUGCCAGUCCAGGGUGAAGCGGCUCAAGCUGAGUUUCCGACAGUGCUAUGAGAACAACCACACUCCAGGCAAAGAGAGGGUAGAGUGCAAGUUCUAUGAGCAGUUGGAGAGACUGCUGCUGAAUGAGACACCCUCCGAUGCAGAAGGCACCAGCAGCACAGACCCAGACGCAGAGGGCAAAGACUUGGGAGAGACAGACAAUGACUUUCCUGGGUACUCCUACCAGGAGAUGGAGGCAUCCUUCAGUGGGACAGACGAGCGUAAGAAGGUGGCGUGGUCGGACAGCGAGACGUUGUCUCUGCUGGAGCUGUGGGGGGACGAGAAGGUCCAGAGGAGCCUCCAGCGCUGCCCCCACAAUAGCCACAUCUACACCCAGAUAUCGGAGCAGCUCCACGGCCGCGGCUACUCGCGCACGGCCGAGCAGUGCCACACACGCAUCAAGCGCCUCAAGCUCAGCUAUCGGCAGUGUCGGGAGAGCAUGAGUUCACCUGAGGCUGAACCUGUGGAGUUCAAGUUCUAUGAUCUGAUGGAGGACAUCUUGAACAAGUACCCUCCCUGCAGGAAGGCAUCUACCAACAACGCCAUCCAUGAUUCCUUUCCAGAGAAAGAUGGAUACGUGCUCUGCAGCCCAACGCCCAUGGACAAGUCCUCUCCAUCUGGGACCUGGUCCGAGCCGGAGACCCUGGCUCUGAUCGACAUCUGGGCCCAGGAUGAGGUGCAGCGGGGCCUGAAGGACGUGCUCCACAGCGGUACCGUGUUCUCCGACGUAUCCCAGAGGCUGCUGAACCUCGGCUACUCCAAGAGCCCGGAGCAGUGCCGCUGGAAAUUCAAGACCCUUCGUCAGGACUUUCGCCAGUGCCACGAACGGAGGAAGCAUGGCGGUAAACCAGUGCUCUGCAGAUACUACAGAUUCCUGGAGCCCAUUUUGGGCCAUGUUAACCUUUCAAGUGACUCUGGAGACCUGAGCCAUGACGGGUCUAUAGACACCCCAGCUGACUCGGAUCAAGACACAGAGUCCCAGCAAGCAGCCAGGAAGAGGAGGGCCAUGGGGGAGUCCAGUCCCAAGGUGCCCUGGUCGGAUCGGGAGACGCGGGCGCUGCUGGGCAUCUGGGGGGAGGACCGCGUGCAGUGCAGCCUGCGUGGCUGCCUGAAGAACAGGCACAUCUUCAGGCACAUCUCCAGGAGGCUGAGGACCCAGGGCUUCACGAGGACGGCACAGCAGUGCCAGACACGCGUCAAGCGGCUCAAGGCCCGCUUCUUCCACGAUAAGGAGGACUGUAAGUUCUAUGGACAGCUGGAGCAAAUAUUCCUGAAGGAGAUCUCCAGCAGCAGUUUGUCCGAGGAGACCCUGGACAUGCCAGGAGAACGAGAACAGGAGAACUCAGAACCAGGUUGCACAAAGUCUCCAGCUGCUGGUCCCCCUGCUCCCGCCCCUUCUGGUCCUGAUCUUCCCGCCACUCCUGCCCCUCCUGCUCCUCCUGCCCCUCCUUGGGCCCCCGAGUGCCCCAAGCUGCCGUGGACGGACAGCGAGACCCAGGCCCUGAUUGACAUCUGGGGCAGCGACGGCGUGCAGAGCAGCCUGAGCGGCUGCGUGAAGAACAAGCACAUUUUCACCCAGAUCUCCCGUGCCAUGGCGGAGCGGGGCUACGCACGCACAGCCGAGCAGUGCCAGUCCAGGGUGAAGAGGCUGAAGACCAGCUAUCGUCAGUGCGCCGUGGGGCUGAGGUCAGGGGGAGACUGUGGGCAGGCACUGAUGGGCAACCUGGAUUCAAUAGUUUACAGUCCAGUGCCACAUAGUAUUCCAAAUGACUUUGUUUUACAUGUCCAAUUCAGCCAGGUGAUUGGCUGGUUGAAUGACCAUCUGAUGGAAUUAGAUCUGCUGGAUCUUGAUCUCUGUGAAGGGAGCUUAGCAUGCAUGUUUUGUCUUUUUCUUGUUUUGUCCUGUUUUGUCAAGUCUUGUCUAAUGUCUGUGAGAAUGACUGAAGCCACGCCAAAGACAAUUUUCUGUUUCAUAUGUAAUAGACAAAGUCUUAUCUUAUCUCUUAUCUUAUCU